GCAUUGCAACAAUUUGCAAUUGCAAUUUUGAGUGUUUUUGUGAUGUAAAAAAGGGAUUGUGAUUGGAAUUGGGAUUGAUAUCUUAUCUUGGUAGUAAAAAAAGAAACUUAAUUAUGAAUCAGUGACUAAUCUAAAGUUCUAAGCUUUCCAUUCAUUAGUGAAAAAUAUCAAUACCCGAAUGUAUUUCCACACUUGCAUAAUCUUCAUUUCCAACUCGACUGGUAUGUUCAUAACGUAGACCUUCGUUGCAGAUUACGCAUAAAAAUACUACAAAAUGUUGUCAAACCACGUCCAUGUUACUCUUGAAGUUUAAAUGAUUACGUUUGCACGUCAACAAGAACCGGAGAGUUCGCUUUCUUCAAUGUUAGAUAUUGUUAAUCGCGCAGUAUUGCAACGGGAUUUCUAUAUUAAUCGAUGGGAAAGUGUUUAUCGUGUUUCAAACCUCAAAAUGUAUCCAAUAUUCGCGUAAAUGAAUCCUCCAGCGCUUGUAAAAGCAAAUCAGAUAAAUCAAGUAAUGGUGUAGCGGCGGGUGACCAUCAGCAGCAAAAAGGUAACAGCGUAAUGGGCGGUCUGUAUCGAUGCGUUCAUGCCAAUCGAUCAAUUCAGAAUGAAAUUUCGGACGAGAUGAUUACCAGCAGCGAAGACGGUAUCAAAACCACCUCGAUGAAGGCUAAACAUUUCUCGCCAUUUUUCCAAACCAAACUGCUAAAUUCGGGUGAUAGUAAAUCUAAACGAGUAGAAUGCGCUGCCGCUACCGAAAGCAAGAUAAACGCUUUAUUCGAUAAAUAUCGAGACGGCGACGAAAAAGACAUGAUUUUAAUGGAAGGAGUGGAGAAAUUCUGUAACGAUUUGAACCUGCAACCGGACGAUUUCAAGAUACUAAUUUUAGCUUGGAAAUUUAACGCCGAACAAAUGUGUCAAUUUACUAGACGAGAGUUCGUCGCUGGCUGCAAAGAGAUGAACGUCGAUACGUUAUCUCAUAUAAAUAAUAAACUAUGCGAGAUUGUUUCGGUAUUGAGACAAGAUCAGCAUCAAUUUAAAAACUUGUAUAGGUUUACUUUUAAGUUUAGCUUAGAUAAAACGGUAGGACAGCGUAUUUUACCCAUUGAUAUCGCAAUUUGUUUAUGGAAACUGGUGUUCACUUUACAUAAACCGUCUAUUUUAGAAAGAUGGUUAUCUUUUUUACAAAGCGACGAAGCUCGUAUCCGAGGCAUACCUCGAGAUACGUGGAAUAUGUUCUUGAAUUUCAGCGAAACCGUCACCGAUGAUCUUUCCACGUACGACGAUGCCGAAGCUUGGCCCAGUAUUUUUGACGAUUUCGUCGAAUACGAAAGAGAUCGCCUUAAUCAAAAUGUUAUAUCGUCCAAUCUUCAUUCAUGUGAUAAAAAAAUCUCCUAUGGUAAUACUUAAUUGAAAAUGAAAAAAAAAAAACGUGCUAAAUGUAAGAUGCAAUCUUAUGUGUAAUAAAAUAAUGGUUGUUCGAUGUACCUUUUUUUCAACUUUUUAUAUACAAUUUUAAUAUUAAUAAUUAGCUAGUACAUUUUACCUGUUCUCUGUAUUGUUUUUUUUCUCAACGACGUACUUAUUUACUUUUUUCUUUUUUUUAAAUUUUUUUUUUUUACGAUGUCGUGUAUAUUAUUAUACUACUGAUUUUGUUGUUGUGUAAACAUGAUAUAUGAAUGAAGCUUGCAUCGUUUAAUGAGCUUCGUAAAAUGCUUCGAGUGAUCUGAUGAUCGUGUGUGAAAAAUCGUUCAUUUUUUUUAUGCGCUUCGAGUGAUGAUGAUGUUAUUCGAGUGGAAAUAAAACACGAGAUGAGCAUUA